AUGAUGCAAAAUUUAAAGAAGUUUAUGAGCAAGACUAUCCAAGUCUAACCUGUUUCUUUCAACUAAAUUCCCAAAGCUUUCUACAAUUUCCCUGAAUACAGAACUGGUGGUGUCCAAGCCAACCCUGGUAUUACUGCUAAGAGAAUCAUUAAAUGUAUUGGUGAAAGAUUGAGAAAGUACGAUCCUGCUAGAUGGGAAAAUGUUCCUAUUACUUUUAAGACUCACUUCAGAGAUGAAAACGGUUAUAGUGAUGUUGCCACCUCCAUCCAAAUACAUGAUGCCUUAGAAAGAGAAUUCGGUAUUGAUAUUAAGGAUAGAUUGGCUUUAGUCACUGACGUUGAAACUGCCUUCUAUAUUGUUAUGAGUCACCACGACCCCCUAUGA